AUGCGUUGCGGUUUACCAGUUCAGUCUGCAGAUUAUGUCUAUCGAGUAUUUACAAGUAUUUAUCAUCUUCAUUGUUUUAAAUGUUUUUGUUGUGGACAUUUAUUCAAAAAAGGUGACCAUUAUAUGCUGGUAGAUGGACAAAUCAUUUGCAGACCAGACUAUGAACAUUUCUUAUGCCAAACACCGAUUUUUCACUCUCACUUAUAUUUUGAUCACAAUGAUUCGAAUCGUAAGACGCCAAAAAGGCCACGAACAAUCCUAAAUACACAGCAGAGGAAAGCUUUCAAAUUAGCCUUCGAGAAAACAUCAAAACCAUGUCGGAAGAUGCGUGAACAAUUAGCAAAGGAAACAAAUUUAAGCGUACGAGUUGUUCAAGUUUGGUUUCAAAAUCAGCGUGCUAAGAUGAAAAAAAUUCAGCGAAAACAGGAAGUAUCAGAAGCAAACGAUCCAGCUUGUUCAGAGAUGGACAUUAAAUCCAAUGAUGAAUUAAAAUCCAACUGCGAUUCUGCUGAUGAAUUAGAUUCUGAGAACGAUGAUGUCGAAGUUGACGAUAUAGGAAGUAAUGAAGAAAAAGGAAAAGAAUUGAGUAAUCCAAUCGCUCAACUAUUCCACAUGCAUGCUACUUAUUUCUUAACGUGA